GUUACGCCCCGUCUCUUGUUUUUUACUGCUAUUGCAGACAAAUAGUGCAAUAAUUAUAAUGAUUACUAUUAUUUAAUUUAUUGAAAAAGUGACCUUCACAGUUAUUUAAUUGAUUGAAAAAGUGAUGUUUUCCGAUAAUCUGCGUUCUCUCAAAAAACUAGUCUACCCAAAAAUAUUGCCUAAUGAUAUUGAAUAAAGUUACAACUUUUAGAUAAUACAACUAAUAAAUGAGAAUAGAUUAGGAUGUAAUUUUUGUCUAAACAAGAGUGAAAUUUUAUAGCAAACGAUAAAAAAAUGACAUCUGUGUUUGAUCAGUUUGAGCAGGCCUCUCAGCGAUCAAAACAGAUUGCACCACCACCCAUCCGACCUGAUAUUAGUACAACAGGUUUCAUACAAAUGAAACUGCAAGAUGAAGUUCCAAUCUUCAUCAAACAAAAGGUUAAUUUUAUGCCUCCUGAAAAAAUACUACACAUGUGUGUAAGCAGUAAUUUUAUUGUUAUAGCUAUGGCUAAUAAUAUUUUACUCAGGAUUGAUAUGAAGUUUCCUGAUAAACCUGAAGAAAUUGAAAUAGCAAAGUUUAUUGGAAAUUUAAGACUGUCUCAGUUGUUUCUUGAUCCUCUGGGUCAACAUUUAUUGAUUACAACUAUACCAAAACAAGGCGAUAAUAACUCACUAGCAGAACUGUUUUAUUUACACAGGAAAUCAACAAAACUGAAACAGGCUUCAAAAUUUCGUGGCCAUGAAAUAACAGCUGUUGGUUGGAAUUUUGCAAACACAUCAGAAACUACUUCAGGUCCCAUAUUGCUUGGUACCUCAAAGGGCCUUAUUUUUGAAACUGAAAUUGGCUUGGAAGGAGAUAAAAUAUUUACUACAAGCUUAGAACAAUAUUGGAGACAGCUCCCAAAUUACUUACCUCUUUAUGGCAAUAAAGAAUUGGAGGGAUUGGUAUUUGAUAUUGGAAAAGAUAGUAAACCUCCAAUUACUGGUUUGGAGUUUAGAAGAAUACCCAACACCGAUAAAUAUGUUAUUAUUUUGACAACACUUAUUCGCAUUUAUCAGUAUAUGGGAGUUAUAACAAACCAUGAUGAAAAACCUCUACUGCAGCAAGUAUUUACCAAGUAUUUGAAUAUCAAAGAGCGCUUCAACCAGUUAGAAAGUUCAUUGCCAUAUUCUAAAAUGCAAUUCUAUUAUUCUUCGCCACAGGAAUUUCCAAAGACUUUUAGCUGGCUAACAGAAACUGGGAUUUUGAUUGCUCAGGUGGAUUCGAAAGUAGACCCAGAAAACGUAUUAAUCAACCAACAAAUGCUACCUUGUCCUGAAACUAGCCUUCUCACCAGUAGUAUAUCAUCAAAAAAAACGCUUGCUCCAAUAUCGUUUGUUCUCACCGAAUUUCACGUGCUUCUUUUGUACAGCGAUCACGUGAAAGGCGUCUCGUUGCUUAACCAAGAACUCAUUUUUGAAGAUGUAUACAACGACGCAUUUGGUAAAUUAGUAAACAUCAUAAAAGAUCCGACGACGGGUUCGAUUUGGGCGUUUAGCGAACGAGCAGUUUUCAAAUACAAAGUGACGCGAGAAGACAAGAAUGUUUGGGAGGUAUACAUUGAAAAAGGGGAGUUCGAGCUUGCCAAGCAAUAUUGCAAAGAUAAUCCUGCUCACGUGGAUCAGGUUCUCGUAAAGCAGGCUGAGAUGUUAUUCAAGAAUAAAAAUUAUGAAAGAAGUGCACUUAUAUACGCUGAAACACAUUCGUCUUUCGAGGAAAUUUCCUUAAAAUUUUUGCAAGAAAAUCAGAUAGAAGCAUUGAAAACAUUUCUUAAGAAGAAACUGGAUGGACUGAAACCGCAAGACAAAACGCAAAUUACAAUGAUAGUAAUCUGGAUUGUGGAGCUUUUUAUGCAUCAAAUGGGUGCCAUGCGUGGCAGUGACACUUCUUAUUUACAAAAUCCACGUUACAUAGAACUUCAAAAACAACUCGAUAGUUUCUUGGCAACAAAAAAAGUCGACGAUUGCGUGAGAAAGAAUCGUACGACAAUCUGCAACAUAAUGGCUAGUCAUGGUGACAAAGAAAACUUGCUUCGUUUGACAAUCAUGAGCAAGAAUUAUGAGGAAGUGAUACGUCAACAUCUCUACAAGAACAACAAUCUUAAGGCGUUAGAAGUUCUCAAGAGUCAAGCGAAUAAGGAAUUAUUCUAUCAAUUCGCUGCAAUUCUUCUUCAAGAAUUACCGAAACCAACAGUCGCGGCGCUCAUAUCACAAGGUUCAGCAUUGAAACCAUCCAGACUGUUGCCGGCUUUGGUGUCGUGCAAAUGCGAUGAGAAACAUGCGAGAGAAAUCAUUAGGUACCUGGAGCACUGUAUCUAUGAGCAGAGUUGCCAAGAACAAGCCAUACAUAAUUUUUUACUCUCCCUCUACGCUCGAUAUAAAAAGGAUGAAGUACUACGCUACAUUAAUUCUCAAGGUCAAGACAUCGGUAUGGUUCACUAUGACGUGCACUACGCUUUGCGUCUCUGUCAAGAGUCUAAACUGACCGAAGCUUGCGUUCAGUUGUCAGCGUUGUUAGGCCUCUGGACAACAGCAGUUGAUUUGGCCUUAACUAUCAGCGUUGAUUUAGCUAAACAAAUAGCAGCGAUGCCAUCGCAUCACGGUAACGACGAACUGCGAAAGAAGCUCUGGUUGAGGAUUGCCGAGCAUGUGGUUCGCGAGAAGGAUGAUAUACAGCAGGCUAUGGAAUUUUUGCAACAGUGCGAUCUUGUUAGGAUCGAGGAUAUAUUACCGUUUUUCUCAGAUUUUGUGACGAUUGAUCAUUUCAAGGAAGCUAUUUGCAAUUCUCUGCAGGAAUACAAUCGUCACAUUCAAGAUUUGAAAGAGGAGAUGCAAGAGGCGACGAAAGCUGCAGAGAUUAUUAGGAAAGAUAUACAGGCCUUUCGUUCGCGCUGCACCUUCGUUCACGCGAAAGACACUUGCAAUUGCUGUACAGUUCAACUACUCGUUCGUCCAUUUUAUGUAUUCCCAUGUGGGCAUCGUUUUCAUAGUGAUUGUCUAGUCGCGGCACUUACUCCAAUGCUGUCACUCGAGAGGCAAACUCGAUUAGCUGAAUUGCAACAUCAAUUGACUCUUGCUACAGAUCCUCAACGUCAAACGAUUGAAGGUAGCACUUCUACGUCGAUGUCUAAUAAGGAACAAAUUAAAGCUGAUAUCGACGAUCUUGUCGCUUCUGAGUGUCUUUAUUGCGGCGAGCUUAUGAUCGAAUCAAUCGACAAGCCUUUUAUAGAAGAAGGAGAUUACGAGCAAGUGAUGAAGGAUUGGGCAUGAAAUUAAUAAUUGAUCUACUUAAAAAAAUAUAAAUAAUGUUAGAGAAUGAACAUAUAAAAAAGUUUUUGUACUUUUGUUAUACCUAUACCUUCAUGUAUUUACAGUUGUGAUAGAUGCACAUAAAUAUUGCAUGAUCUAUAUAUAUAGCGAAAUAAUUUGUAUAUAAUGAAGAAAAAUAAAUUUAACUUAUGUAAUUUAAUGAUAACAUGCUAGGCUAUCUAUUAGAAAAUUUAAUUUAAUUUUUUUAUAGACACUGUGCUAUCGUAUGUGCAAUAUAUAUA